UACCCAGUCGGUCGCCUUCUUCUUCCUCAAGAAAAAACCCACAGCUAUUUGAAAUAAAGAAAAUGAAGUAAUCAAACACUUGAAAGAAACUCGGAGAGUUUAGGAAGAUCCCUACGACGAAUAACCAUCUCAAGGGGACCAAUUCUUUACGCUUCGUCACUCGUCGCUGGAAAAGUGUUUCCCAGUUGUUGACAAAUGGGUGACUCGCAGUACUCGUUUUCUCUCACUACUUUCAGUCCUUCUGGGAAGCUCGUUCAGAUCGAGCACGCCUUGACGGCCGUGGGCUCUGGCCAAACCUCUCUCGGAAUCAAAGCUUCUAAUGGGGUUGUUAUCGCUACUGAGAAGAAGCUACCUUCCAUACUGGUUGACGAAGCAUCAGUCCAGAAAAUACAAUCUCUAACCCCAAAUAUUGGAGUUGUCUACAGUGGCAUGGGUCCUGAUUUUCGAGUUUUGGUUCGGAAAAGCAGGAAGCAGGCUGAACAAUAUCACAGAUUAUACAAGGAACAAAUUCCCGUUACACAACUUGUGAGGGAAACUGCCGCUGUCAUGCAGGAGUUUACUCAAUCUGGAGGCGUGAGACCUUUUGGUGUAUCUCUCCUGGUUGCUGGUUAUGAUGACAAAGGUCCACAACUGUAUCAGGUGGAUCCUUCAGGUUCCUACUUUUCAUGGAAGGCCUCAGCAAUGGGGAAGAAUGUCUCAAACGCCAAGACAUUCCUUGAGAAGAGGUAUACUGAUGAUGUGGAGCUUGAAGAUGCUAUCCACACUGCUAUCUUAACUUUGAAGGAAGGUUUUGAGGGACAGAUUUCAGGGAAGAACAUUGAGAUUGCCACCAUUGGAGAAGACAGGAAAUUCAAGGUUCUGACUCCAGCCGAGAUCGAUGAUUAUCUUGCGGAAGUGGAAUAACUUCCUGAAACGAAGCUCUGAGCCUCCGAACGAAAAUGUUUCCUCAAUCAGUGUAGUAGACGUAAUCUUGAACACUCUGCGUCGUGAAGUUUUCACUUCUGUGGCAAGUGCCUCUCUCUAUUUUGCGGUGCUCAUUUCAUAGCAGAAUGAUGGAUUGUGGAUUUUGAAUGGAGUUUGUUGUUAUCGAGAGAGAGAGAGAGAGCAUUUUGCAGAACUCUGCUCUUGUGUUCAGUCUCUCUUCUUUCGUGUUCGUUCCUAAUUCCUAUUCAACGAUUUUCGCAUCAAGAGAAACCCCAGUUGUCGGGAGACCUUCCUUGGUUUGUCACUAAUUAGGCCCAAAAGCCAUAUAGAUCCGACAUUACUCAUUGUCAGCCCAAACGAUUGUUCAUUCCUCUUUCAGGCCCAAUAAAGAUUAUGAACCAUGUAGUUAAAUCACCCCGGGAAACGGAAUUCCAGAAGUAAUUGGACGCGGCGGAUCAAUCUCCCGGGCGCUGGGAGACGUGCUUCGUUCUCCUUUGCCAAUGCGCUCCGCCGCCAUGGACAUGGAUUCCACCACCACCUGCAAUCGCCGCAUCAAGCUCCAACAGCAACUGCUGGAGGGAGUUAGAAGAGAGCUGCCCGUAUUGGGAAGGACAGAACCUAGUCACUUGUCAUACUUACUUCAAGGGUUUCUUCUACUGGCUCGUCGAGCAGAACGAAUACGUGGUCGCAUUCGAUAUGGGGAGCGACGUUUUCCACAGAAUCGAAUGCCCUCUUCGCGGUAAUUCGAUUGGUAGCCUAAGCAUAUAUGGCGAUUCGAUUGCUCUGUUUAGGGGGCCGUUGUUCGGUUCAAGUGUCGCUGUGUGGUUGCUGAGUGAGAGUGGUGGGCAGUGGUGUUGGAUCAAGCAAUCCAACCUUGGCCCUGUAUUGGAAAGAUCGUAUGUGAAAAGAUGUUGGAAGAAUGGUCAGUUUAUUUGUCACCAGUUUCGGCCCAACAAUAAGUUGGUGUUAUUUGAGAUUGGUGCUCAAGAAUGUAAGGUUCUGAUACCUAAUUGCUGGCACCUCAACUACUGCUAUAUUUACAAAGAAAGUUUGGUCUCCAUCACAUGAGGGGUAAUAGGGUGUUUUUUUUUUUUUGUCUUUUGAAUCGUGAGAUACUUGGCCUGAACCCUGAAGCACUUUACUGUUUGGUGUGCUCUAGAUGUCUAGUUCCACGAGACCAAUUUAUGUAUAGCAAAUUAGCAAUGCUGUCUACAGAAUUUCUGAGUAAUGCUAUAACCAAAUAUGUCUUUAUCUAUG